UCUCCGGUCAAAAGCAAAAAACUGCAAAAGUCAGGCACUUCAUCCGUCCAGCUGGAACAGGUUGAGCAGGAAGCUCCAUCAAGCACCGCUAGUACGCUUUUCACAUGCCCAGAAGAAGGCUGUAUUAAGACUUUCAUGCGACACKCCUCCAUGAUGCACCAUUUGGAUUGCGGGAAACACCAGCGAGCACUAGAGSGCGAGACACUGUAUGAUCAGGCUGCUAAGGAAUAUGCAGACCAGCUUGAAGGAAAAGCCACUUUACAUCCACAACCUGAAGAUACCCGUUCUAGAGCCUCAGGUGUGGGUGGGUGUAAAGCACCAAUGGGAUGGGCACUCAAAUCACGAGGGACARCAAAUGCCAGGUUUUCAGAAAAACAAAAGACUUUCCUCAAAGACAAGUUUAAAAUAGGAGAAGAGACGGGAGUGAAGUCAGACCCAGCAGUAGUAGCAAGAGCAAUGAAAGUAGCGAAGGACCCUGAUGGCAACUUGAUGUUCAACAGCGACGACUUUUUGACAGCAAAACAAAUUACUGGUUUUUUUCUCAAGGCUCUCCGCAAAGAAAACGCUUCAUGACGAUCUUAUAGAAGAUGUAGAAAUUGCAGUUCACGAAGCUGAAUUAGAUGCGUUUGUGAAAGAAGCCGAACAAGAGCUUACUCUGAAACAUCCAAUUAUCUUUGAAUCAUAUAACUUAUGUGAACUCUAUGUAAAGAAGAAAUUGAACACAUUUUCAAUCUCCGUUUUAAUCAACAUUUGUACGGAGUUUGGGAUUGACAUUACAGACAUAAAAUCCAAACGAGUAAAGAAAUCCUACGUCUCAAA